UAGCUUCACAUAGGUUCAGACACCUGAGAUGGCGAACGAGAAUUGUGGUGAGAAACAAAUGCAAGAACGCAUUCGGUUGAGAGUAGUAGAGAGGGUGCGUACUUUUGUGAAUGUUCUGUCAAAAAUAACAGCACAUUGCAGAAUUCCGACGAUUAUUUCAUGGUAACCGAAGAUCUUCAUAACCGGAUUACAAGGGUUGACAUUCAAUCCGAAACUCGUUAGUUGUCUUCACUCAUUUUAUGUGUCGUGAGUGAAAUAAGGAAAACAUGACGGAGCUAAGGAAGAGAGGAGGAGGAGGGGAUCCUGACAGCGUUAGUGACAAGGAGGCAGAUGGAGAGGACAGACUGGAUCUACCUGGUGAGGCCGGAGGAGACUGUGACGGAGAGUAUAAAGCAGACACCCCAUGCGUUCCUCCCUCCACAGCAGACAACACUCCUCAGUUCCUCAAAGAGGCCGUGGAGGGCCUCAACCCCAGAUGGAAGAACUGCUGUAUACGAGGGGUUCUAUCCAUGGCCAUGAUAUCAGGAUUCUUCAUGAUGAUCUACCUGGGACCUAUCAUGCUCAUAGUAGUGGUAUGUAGCUUCAUAACAUGUUCAUAGUAGUGGUAUGUAGCUUCAUAACAUGUUCAUAGUAGGGGUAUGUGGCUUCAUAACAUGUUCAUAUUAGUGGUAUGUAGCUUCAUAACAUGUUCAUAGUAGUGGUAUGUAGCUUCAUAACAUGCUCAUAUUAGUGGUAUGUGGCUUCAUAACAUGUUCAUAGUAGUGGUAUGUGGCUUCGUAACAUGUUCAUAUUAGUGGUAUGUAGCUUCAUAACAUGCUCAUAUUAGUGGUAUGUGGCUUCAUAACAUGUUCAUAGUAGUGGUAUGUGGCUUCAUAACAUGUUCAUAUUAGUGGUAUGUAGCUUCAUAACAUGCUCAUAGUAGUGGUAUGUAGCUUCAUAACAUGUUCAUAUGUUUCUAUUUGGGCUAUUUAUUAUUAUGGGCAAUUUGCUGAACAAUAGACUAUUCAACCUUUACUGAAUUGUCU